GAACAAGGUAGCUUGUGUUAGUUACAUUACAGUAUCCCCGUGUUUUCUGAUCGCAUUUGCAUAAAGGAGAGAAUUUUGGAGAAAUUUGAGUGUGUGGAUGAUGAAUCAGCAGAACCAAGCUUCAGGGUAUCCAUCAAGUGUUCCAAUGAAGAGAAAACGUGGGCGGCCACGGAAAGAAGAAAGUGCAGUUCAAGGAGAGAUCAUGCCGGCAAUGCCUCCUUCUGAAAAUGUCUUGAAUUCCAGCCAAGUUUGUGCUGGAAUCACAGCUAACGAUCAUAGCGAUGCAAUGGUGGGGAAGAUGGUAACCGGCGUCAUAGAAGGCUCUUUCAGUGCCGGAUAUCUGCUUAAUGUUAAGGUGGCAGAUUCUGAUUCUCAGUUAAGAGGUCUUGUUUUUCUUCCUGGCCAAGUUGCUCCUAUCACUGCACAAAAUGAUGUGGCUCCUCAAGUUAGAAUGAUCCAAAGGAAAGAAAUUCCAAUUCCAAUUCCAGUUCUUAAUCCCCAAACUAUGACUAAUGAUUAUGUUCCUUUACCACCACAGACUUUGACAGAUGAUUACAUUCCUUCACCAGCACAAUGCAGCAAGCAACCUUCUGAGGAGGAGGCAGAGUUGCAUCUGCCCAAUCCUCAAGUGCUGCCAAUUGAGAUGCAUUCUAGCAAUCCACUUUCACUUGAGAAUCAAUCUGCCUCUGCUAUGGCAGUUGCAGUUGAGUUGCCGAAGAAUGACAUUUCUGUUCCUGGUGGAGGGAAUCCUCAGUUAAUAUCAGUGCCUGGAUAUCAGAAUCAAUCUUCUUCUAUGGUGUCAAAUUUUGAGUGUGAAAAUCCUGUUAGGAACAAUGAAACAUUGCAUCAGAUUGAUACCUCAAGUGAUGUAAAAGAAUCAGGUGCUGAUGGAGGAGCAACAGAAGAUCAAGAUCCAAAGCCAGCAUCUGAACCUAUCAUCUUUCUUCCAACAAUUGAAAAUCAAACUGCACAGCAGACUACUAUGCCUUCCGAGCCGAUUCGUGAUGAGAUAAAUAAAACAUCAGAGAUUGAACUCAACAAAAGCCCUGCUGAAUCCAUGCCAUCUGAACAGGUUAGUGAACCGGUUCACAGCUUCAUGGAGAAGCAGGCCUCGCCGAGAACCGAAGGACUACAAGAUAUGGUGGGAAAGCUGGCUACUACUGAGAUGUUGAGCUUAAUAGACACCUCAAAUUCAAAUGGAAAAUCAAACACAGGUAUUGGAAAUGGUAUUGAUAUGGUUGGACUUGGAUCAAACCAUGCCCCUGAGAGCAGCCAACCAAAAUCCAUGGUAUCUGAAGAGAUCAAGAUUUCAUCUGAAGGAUAUGCUUUCCAAGACAAAAGUGGUGGCUCUUUUGAUGCCAUUGGUAAGGUAGACGUGAAUCAGCCUACUGAAACUUAG